UUCAGGCCAGGAAGUCCAAGCUGUGCCCGGAGGCCCCUCAGAGGGAGUGGGCAGUCUCAUUGGCCAGACUACCCAGGGAGGGUUGGAGAGUGCUCAAGGAGGCAGGCGGAUGCGCUGCCAAUUCUUGGAAGGGCUCACUGAUGAAAAACCCCUGAGCCUGACCACCUGGAGGAAAGGCUCACCGUUCCCAUGUGUGAUAAGGGCCAGGAGAUUCCACAGGUCAGGUAGUUCCCCCGCCUCCCUGGCGUUUUGUGGUCACCAUUAAUCAUUUCCUCUAACUGUGUAUAUAAGAGCUCUUUUGCCAGUGAGCCCAGUGCUCAGAGAGAAAGGCUAAAGUCCUCAGGAGGAUGUGGCUGCAGAACCUGCUUUUCCUGGGCACUGUGGUCUGCAGCAUCUCUGCACCCACCAACUUACCCAGACCUGUCACUCGACCCUCUCGGCACGUGGAUGCCAUCCAAGAGGCCCUGAGCCUUCUGAACAAAAGUAGUGAUGAGACUGCUGUGAUGAAUGAACCAGUAAAAGUCGUCUCUGGAAUGUUUGACCGCCAGGAGCCGACAUGCCUGCAGACGCGCCUACAGCUGUACAGUGAAGGCCUACGGGGCAGCCUCAUCAGCCUCAAGCAACCCUUAAACCUGAUGGCCAAGCACUACAAGCAGCACUGCCUCGAAACCCCGGAAACUCCCUGUGCAACCCAGACUAUCACCUUCAGGAAUUUCAAAGAAAACCUGAAGGAAUUUCUGUUCAACAUCCCCUUUGACUGCUGGCAGCCAGAAACAACAGAGGCUGGUCCAAACAGGAGCCAGCCCUGAGAGUGUAGUUCCCGAACCACUGCACUCCUACCCACGGACUGCUGAAACUCAGGAUCUUCACCUUCGAGGGACCACAGGGCGGGCCAGGGCCGGGGUGGGGGGCACAGACUUGCUCUGGGCCAUGCUGCCCUUGUUACCAGCUUCGUAUAUGGGGAAUGGGGAACAUUGUAUAUUGGCAGGGAUCAGUAAUAUUUAUUUAUAUAUUUAUGUAUUUUAAUAUUUAUUUAUUUAUUUAUUUAAGAUCAUAUUCUCUAUUUAUUCAAGAUGUUUUGCCAUAAUAAUACAUUAUUAAAAGCCCAUUCUUAUUUGUACAGUUUCGUUUGUUCUUGACCAUGAGCAAAUGCUAAUGGUGUGCUCCUCACCACAGGGCAAGGGGUAAGGGGAAGAGGAGCCACCAGGUUGGGGAUGGGGCAGGAUGCUCCAGCAGGGGCAGCCCUGACAGAGCAGAGGGGAGGUAAGAGUUGGCCUGGGUGCUGCACCUGCACACCCAGAUGUGCUUCGCUGGAUACUCAAGGGUUCCCACUGUAGAAAGAGGUUUUUAGCUUCCCUUGGAAGGUCAAGGAACCUGGUCAGUGGGAAUUUUGCUCUGGUACGAGGCCAUCCUACUUCCUGAGAAGGCCUGGGAGUCCCUGGAGCUUGGCUGGUCACUGGCUGAAUAGGCCUGCCCUAGAGUGAGGCAAAACACCUGUGCCCCUCAGAGGCCUGGCCCUGUGGCCACAUCCUGACCCUCACACUCAAGGCCUCAGCCACUCCCAAGGGGAACCAGUAGAUAGAUUACCUGUUCAGGGGGAAACAAAAAAACAAACCACAGGGUCA